GUCCAAGAACCCUAAAAACAGAGGGCGGGGAUGGCGUCGGCUGCGAAUCAUCUCGUGUGGUGUGCCGCAUUUCACGGCGCAGUCCGGCGAGCAUCUUGCCUCACCACUUGCAGGUUUCUCGGCGUCUCUGAGACUUUGCCUGGCGCUCGUCAUCGGGCCUUUGCAUCGUCUGUAGCGGCAGAAUCCGAGACGGAAAUAUCGCCGCCAUCGCCAUCACCGCACAAAAUUCCUCUCCCAACCAAUGAGUCAUCCGAGGAGUUGCUCCGGAUGCGCCAUACGUGUGCUCACGUGAUGGCUAUGGCGGUCCAGACACUCUGUUAGCUUUAUGCUUUUUAAGGUUUAGGGAGGUAACAUUUCGACUUAAACUAUCCAGACGCUAAAGUUACAAUUGGGCCGUGGAUUGAGAAAGGAUUUUACUACGACUUCGACCUCAAAGAACCACUGUCGGACAAGGAUUUGAAGAAGAUAAAGAAGGAAAUGGAUCGCAUCAUUAAUUUACCUCUGAGACGAGAAGAAGUAUCGAGAGAAGAAGCCAAGGAUCGAAUUAUGUCUAUCAACGAAAAGUACAAGCUGGAAAUACUAGAGGAUAUCAAAACAGAACCCAUUAAAAUAUACCACAUUGUUGAGGAACAUACUUUUCUUGCUCCUUCCCUCACUUCCUUCGAAAUUUUUCAGGCAAUGACUGGUGGGAUCUUUGUGCUGAUCCACACGUUGAAAGUACCGGCCAGCUUAACAGGAAAGCCAUUGAGCUCGAGUCCGUCGCUGGAGCUUACUGGAGAGGUGAUGUCAAGAGACAGAUGCUUCAGCGGAUUUAUGGAACUGCUUGGCAGACGGAAGAGCAGCUCAAAGCGUUUUUGUGCUCAGGUGCCAGUUCUUGUUGAUCAGCAUGGUUGCAACGGAAAUGCGGACAUAAAUUUCCACCAUACUUGCUUCACGCUUGGUGCCUACGAGUUUAACAACCUUUUGAUAGGCACUUACAUAAUAGAAGCACACCAUCCCCGUCUUGAUAUCAACGUGAUUGGAUCAAAUGAAGUUCAACUAGGAUGGGGCAUGGGAGAGGUGGACAAUAUUUUUAUGAUCCCUGGCUACGACGUUGAAGGUCGUGUGAUGUCUAAGGGAAUUCUGGUAUUGGGUGUGCAAGUUUUCUUGCGCUCCAGUGACGUUAAGGAUAUGGAAUGUCCUCAAGGGCCUGGUAGAUCUCCAUUGUCUGAGCAAGCGCUUUGCCAUGCUACAUCCGACGUCGAAGGGAGAAAUUUCUCACCUUGCUGGAUUUUCUGUUGGCGGACGAGUUAUUGACAGCAAUGGGCAUGGCAUCGCAAAAGUCAAAAUAUAUAUUGACAGCUAGAGCGGGCUAUUACUGAUGCAAAUGGUUUCUACAAGCUUGAUCAAGUGACUUCAACUAAGUACAACAUCACAGCCGCAAAAGAGCACUACCAGUUUACGUCACUGAAGGAUUUUAUGGUCUUACCCAACAUGGCGUCGAUUCCCAGUAUUCAGGCAUCACAGUAUCAACUUUGCGGCUCAGUUCGUGUUGCUGGCCAAUACGGAAGACGGCAAGUCGCUCUGACUCAUGGACCCUCUGACGUGAAGCCUCAGACCACAAGCGGUCGGUGGUACCUUGGGGUGUCGACCAUGGGAUUGA